ACCAUUUUCUCAGCCUAUAAAAGGACACCAUACACCAAAAGUAUUUCUUUAGUCAAGGGUGAUCCUAUCUAAAGCUUCUCAUAGCUGCAAAAAUUUGACAAUACAGAUGGAUGAAGCACACACGUUGAAUACUUGUGAAGGUUACGUAGACUGGAGGAACAGACCUGCCGUGAGAGGUCGGCAUGGUGGACUACUUGCUGCCUCCUUUGUCUUGGUUGUGGAGGUUCUGGAGAAUCUAGCAUUCCUGGCCAAUGCAAGCAACCUUGUUCUUUACCUCUCCAAGUUCAUGCAUUUUUCCCCAUCCAGCUCGGCCAACGUUGUUACCAAUUUCAUGGGCACAGCCUUUCUCCUUGCUCUACUUGGUGGCUUUCUAGCAGAUGCUUUUUUUACCACCUAUUACAUCUAUUUGAUCAGUGCUUCAAUAGAAUCCCUGGGUAUGUUAGUGCUUACAAUUCAAGCUCGUGUAACCUCGUUGAAACCACCACCAUGCUUUUCAGCGAGCACCAGUAUCUCAUGCGAGCAAGUUGAUGGCAGGAAAGCAUUGAUGUUGUUCGCAGGCCUCUACCUGGUGGCACUCGGUGUUGGAGGGAUAAAGGGUUCUCUUCCCCCACAUGGCGCUGAGCAGUUUGAUGAGAAUACUCUUCAAGGAAGAAAGCAGAGAUCUGCAUUCUUUAACUACUAUGUAUUCUGCCUUUCCUGUGGAGCUUUGAUUGCAGUGACUCUAGUGGUAUGGGUUGAGGACAACAAAGGAUGGCAAUGGGGAUUUGGGGUUUCCACUGCAACAAUACUUCUCUCUAUCCCAAUCUUCCUCAUCGGCUCCCCAGUUUAUAGGACCAAAGUUCCUAUAGGAAGUCCCAUCACAACUAUAUUCAAGGUUCUCGCUGCAGCGGUUUACAACACCUACAAAUUCAGGGAUUCUAGCAAUUCUGCCAUUGGAAUGGACACAAGCAGGACAUCCUAUACCACAGAAACCAGUGAGGGAGAAGAUAGAAAUACGAAACAAAAGGAACCAAGUCAAACUCCAACAGAAAGCCUCGAGUUUGUUAACAGAUCAGUCAAGAACAAGACAGUCAAUCCAAUGCUAGAAUGUACAGCUGAGCAGGUGGAAGAAGUUAAGAUAGUGCUAAGAAUCCUCCCCAUCUUCAUGUCUACUAUAAUGCUAAACUGUUGCCUGGCUCAGCUUUCCACAUUUUCUGUCCAGCAAGCAGCGACCAUGAAUACCAAUCUUGGCUCCUUAGAAGUCCCACCAGCAUCUCUUCCUGUUUUCCCUGUUAUAUUCAUCAUGAUCCUGGCACCAAUCUAUAACCACAUCAUCAUUCCAUUUGCGAGGAAAGUGACAAAAUCCGAAAUGGGGAUAACUCAUUUGCAAAGAAUAGGGACAGGGCUAGUCCUAUCCGUCGUGGCAAUGGCAGUGGCAGCCCUGGUGGAAAUGAAGCGAAAGAGAGUAGCAGUCAAUUCUGGAUUAGUAAAUUCAACAAAACCUCUACCCAUCACAUUCCUAUGGAUCGCAUUGCAGUACUUGUUCCUGGGAUCAGCUGAUCUUUUCACAUUAGCGGGCAUGAUGGAAUUCUUCUUCACAGAGGCCCCAAAAAGCAUGAGAUCUUUGGCCACAUCUCUAUCAUGGGCCUCACUAGCCAUGGGAUACUACCUCAGUUCUGUGCUUGUAUCUCUGAUCAACACAAUCACAAGUAGGUACCGAGACACGCCAUGGCUCUUUGGUAGCAACUUGAACAAGUAUCGCCUGGAGAGGUUUUACUGGUUGAUGUGCAUACUAAGUGGAUUAAACUUGUCUCAUUAUCUCUUCUGGGCAAGCCGCUACAAGUACAAGUCCAUGAGAAAAUCCCUUUCUCAGCCUAACAAUUAGUAAUGCAAUUAAUUAGUUAAUAUAAUGAAUUAGACUUUCCAUUCUUGUCUGUUAUUUUAGGGAGACGAGAGAGAGAGAGAGAGUCAUGGUGUUUAAGAUCCUGAAAUUCUAUUACUAUAUAUUAAUUAAUUAGUAAUUUAUCUCCUUUUGCAAA